UUUGCAAGAUGCGUUAACCGUCUUAAAACUGUUUAAGCAGUUAUCGCAUUCAACUGACAACUAAGUAUAUGCCGGACCAUUACUAUAAGCCAUGCGAAACACAUGCCGCACAUAAAUUUCAAGUCGAGAAACGCAAAGCUGCAAACGUGGCUAUAAAACGGAGUGCAGAGCUUGCGGCGCCCAGCAUUUCAACGUGUAACGGGCUGGCAAAAAGUAACUCAAGCCAACGGUAGCUCUAAAUAAAUAAAAAUAGCUUUUGGGACUUGAACAGUAUUUGGGUGUAGAGAUCGUGAUUUUGCGGAAGCGAUUUCAGUUAAAGAAUAAAAGCAACAACAUGAAGCUGCAAUUGAUUUCGCUGGUGUGUAGCGUUGCCUUUGUUAUGGUGCAAGCACAAAACUAUCCGCCUCGUCUGAGCAUACCAGGAGCCGUACCUGUUGGCCCACCACAACGUCAGCCCCUGCUCCGCGUGCGUCGUCCUGGCACCAGCUCUAAUAUCCGUCAGCAGCCUAUUCUUCCCGCCGUGACGCAGCGCAUUGCCAUCGAGGAGCGCCCUGUUACGGAGGCUGCUGAAGAUGAUCAGCCCGAUGCCUUUUUGCCAAAUUUGCUACGCGAGCAGCAGCUGGCACAGGCGCAGCAAUCACAGUUCCAACAAGCUGCCGCUGCAUUCUUGAACGGUCAGACAAGCAUUGAAGCGGCCACGCCCGUGCAACAGCUCCUUCAGCAUGAGGACAGUCAGCCCACAGCUAUACUGCCUGCACCGCCACGCUUUGCCGAGCGUCCUGCGCCAGUAGCCACGAACUUGAACCGUCCAGCCUUCAAUGACUUUGGCAUUGGGCGCUUUGAGAAUACACAACGUUUUGGCUUGGAACGUGCCACACCCGCCGCACCAGCCCCAACACCACAACAACCACAGCGUGUAGCCAUCAUUCGCACUCGUCCGUCGGCUGCAGUGCGUCCGGAGGCACCAGCGCCUGUACCAGUUGCACGUCCCAGACCAAAGCCCGUGCAGCCACGACCCAUCAUUGAUCAAAAUCAACUGCAGGAUGAUCAACAGCAUGCACAACAACAACAGCGUCGUCGUCCAGUGGCGCAAACCAUACGAAAGUGGCGCGAUGAAAACGAGGAUGGUAGCAUUACCUGGGGCUACGAGAAUGACGAUGGUUCCUUUAAGGAGGAAUUCAUUGGAACCGACUGUGUAACCAAGGGCACCUAUGGAUACGUAGAUCCCGAUGGCAACAAGCGCGAAUAUCACUAUGAGACGGGCAUCAAGUGCGAUCCUAAUGCACGUAAUAAUGACGAGGAGCUGCAGGAGAAUGGCUUUAUCAACUAUGAGGAGAACCGUGCCGUUUUGCCCAAUGGCCUAGAGAUCGACAUGACGCAACUGGGCAAAAAGAAGUCCAAGCGUCCCAACAGCAUCUUCCGAAACUAAUUCACACACAUCACACUAUAAUUACUCAGCUCCAGCCGUAGUCGUUUAAGUCAGCUCUUAAGUCAUCAAUUUAUUUGUACUAAUCUGUAAUUAUGUCCGUACUUUAUUAGUAUUUUGAGUUAAAGUGAGAAAAUUAAAUGUUUAGCCUGUA